AUGAAAGUUGUUAAAAGAAUUCGCAAGAUUAUACAUCGAGAUGGCACUCAAACAAUUUUAGAAGUAACGAAAGAAAAGAUUCCAGUUCCAAACGAUAGUAAAGAAAGCCAAAAUAAUCAUCCAUCAAUCAAACUACCUCAAAAUGAGCAAAAGAUACCUCCGAAUUUAAAUCGAAGAGGAAGUAUCAUCAAAGAGCCUAAAAUUUCAGACGGCCCACAUUUACAAUCAGGUGGAACUAUUGAUGGGACAAAUUCUCCAUCAACGUUUAAUCCAUCUGGACUUCCAACGAAUAUUGAUAAAUUGGAUCCUUCGGCAGAACGAUUUUAUUCUCGUACAUCUCAAAAGAUUCAGCUUGCACACUCCGCUUCAUCGCAUUUACAGGACGAUUCAGAAAAUCAACGUUAUGAACCCAUUGUUUACACGAAAGAUUCAAAGACUUACGAUAAAGUUAUUUACGAUUUUGAGUCAGCAAGCUCGGAUGAUAACGAAGAUCCAUCAUGCAAAGUUAUUGAUGACCGAUUUAUACGAUAUGUCUCUCAGAAACAAUAUGCAAAGUCCACGGAUAUACGAAAAGUUGUUCAGUUCCAGCUGAAAGAAGGAAUAGAGCUAACUCCAAUUUUAAAGAGAAUUCGACAAAAUUAUAACCAUGGACAGUUCAAUGUUCUAAAAGUAAACGAUAAUAAAUCUAAUUCACAACAAAUCAUUAAUUGUAAUCAGAAAUCUGAUAUUGUACAGAAAGGAAAAAGUAUGUCAGGACCAAUAUCAGUAGAAAGCUUUAAUUUCGAGUUCAGUGAGUCUGCCUCGAACGAAGAUGAUGAUCAACUACAUAGUUCUUUACAACUUGACUGUCCUUCAUAUAAUUUCAAAUAUAAUCGUGUCAAAAAGCAUAAAAAUUCAUCAAGUUCAAGUGAUUAUUACAGCAAUGAACCAGAAUUUACGGAUUUACCUCUUCCUGCUAAGAAAAUUAGAAAAUACAAACCAUUAUUUACUCCAAAGAAGAGAUUGGCAGCAGAACUUACUCAACCAAAGACAUAUCAUAAGCAUAAACCCGAACCAGUUGUAGAAUUCAAAGGAUCAUUAGAAAUUCCUGACGAUGAAACUUUUAUUAAACAAUACGGUUCAUUUAGACCAGCAUUGAAAGAGAAAUUCGAAGAAACAGAUGAUUUUAAGAAGUCUGAAAGCUUCCCAGCAUUUAUUGACCAGAACAAAAAUAAAAAUGUUAUUAAAAUCGAUGACAAGUACUAUGUUGAAAAAAUUGAAGACGGAUUCUUAACAAGAGUUAGAGUUACAGCUGAUGGACGUAAAUUAGUGUUAGUUUCUAAAGAAGAAAAGAAAAAAUCUCCAUCAAAAAAAUUAUCUCGAAAAAAGUCAACGCUUUCUGUCGAUAACAUUAAAUAUGCAGUUAGUGAUAUACCUAGCAGAGAUUCAGAGCUAUCUCUCAACGGAGUUUUCUUAAGCGAAAGUAGAAGUUAUAAUAAGAAACUUUCUAACGGAAGCCAAUCAGAUGGAGAUGCCAAAAUAUCAUCUGCUGAAUUUAGUACUCUUCCAGCAAUAAUUGAAGAACCAAUUAGAGAAUUAAAACAAUAUUAUGACGAAUCACAAGAUCCGCUUUAUCCAAGUAAAGACAAAUGGAGCGGAUCUACUGGAAAGAAUAAUUCUGAUAUAGAAACAAGUAAAUCUACUGAGAAAUUAAAUAAUGAAAAUUAUUCAGAGAGUAAUUCAAAACAAGAUAACUCUAAAGACAGAAUCCAUGAUAUAGAAAUUAAACCUAAAGGAAAGAAGAGGCAUCGGAACUCAGAAAUGCAUCGUCACGAAAAUUCUCUUGAAUCAGAACAUGUUCAUCACCAAAGAAGGAAAUCCGAUCAUUCCCAUCAUCACAAGAGAAGACCACGUACUCACCAUGAAUCUUUACAAAGUUCUUUGAAUCUUGAUUCAGAUGAAGUUUCCGAAAAGGUUUCUACCCAUGUCAGAAUGAUUCCUUUGCCUCCAAAAGACUCGUUCGGAAGAGAAAGUAGUUCAUCUCCUCAAGAUAAAAUUUUACAAAAUACAAUUUUGAAUUCAAGUCCUCCAAAAUCAGAAAUAGCGCAACCUGCAGUUAAAGAAACCACCCAAGAUACACUUCCACCCAUUAAUACUAACAUUGAAGCUAAAACUGAAGUUUCAUCUCAAAUUGAAUCUCCAAAAGACAAAAGUGAAGUUCAUACUGAUAUCAAAUCGCAUAGACAUGGUUCCAAACACAGGUUGCCAACACCUCCACGUUCUUUCCUUAACAAACAACAAGAAAAGAAUGAAAAUGAAGAAGAUUUUGAUAACGAAAACGCAGUUAAUGACAAUAACAACUGCAGUGUCAUUGCUCCAGCACCUCCUUUAUCAGAUGCAAUACUCUCCGCCAUCCAAACUCCAAGUCCUCAUCAGUAUUACUCAAGUGAAGAACAAUUACAGUUUGAAGAAGCUCCAAAACAAGGAGAAAUGUCUCCAACACGUAUGAAUCAUUCAGUACAAGACUCUCCAAUUGCUAUCAGAGCGAAUGUUGAUAUAAUUUCUCCGAAAUUACAUAAAACAAGGUCGAGCUCAUCGAGUUCGUAUUCAAAUGAUGAGAAAAUGAUUAAUACUGAUAAGAUACAACACAAUUUGGAUGUUAAAAACAUUUUCAACAUUGUUGUUGAUAAUUCAGAAGGAAUUAAGAAAGAAACUACCUCAGAUUCAAAGAAUACCGCUGAGAAAUUGACAAAAUCAGAUUCAAAUACUAAUAUUGAUGAUGAAAAUGCAAAAAUUAAAGAAGAUUUAUCUGAUAACAUAAAGAACACGUUUUCAUCAACAAAAUUGAAGAGAUCAUCAGGAUCGAAUAAAAGUGUUCGUUUCCAAGCACUUUUAAACGUUCAAAAAUCAGAUUCUGAGAUUCAAACUGACGAAACAGAAGAAGCAGAGGAAUAUUCGAUCCAAUCCAAUAAUUUCAUGAAAGAAAGAAUUGCUUUCGUACCAAAAUCUGUUGAUGAAUCUGAUGAUACAAAUAAUAAAGUUAAUAGCAAUGAAAAAGACUCUGAUUCAAAGGAUUCAUCAUCAGAGGAAGAGGAAAGACCACCAAUCCUUGAUGAAAACUCAGUUAAAUCUGAAAAUCAAAAAUAUAAUUCUGAUGAUUCUGAAAACCAGAUCAAAAUUCAAGAAGAUAAUUACAGCAUUAUCGAUGAAAACCGUCACCAUAGCUUCUCUUCAUCAGAUAAUAAAAAUGAAGAUUAUAUUGUUAACCAAAACGCUUCAGAGGAUGAAUCAUCAACAUCUACAAGCUCUCCAACUGAUCCUGAUGAACUUCCUUCUCCUUUCAAACCAGUUAUUGAAGAAAAUCCGAAGCCAUUCCAGCAAAAGAAGCCACAAUUGUCAUCUUCUGAAGAAGAUUCAAUAUCAGAGAACGAAAAAGUUGUUUUACUCCAAAUGCCGAAUGAAAAUAGUUUUAAUAAUAACGAUCAUCUGAAAACUGUUCCAGAAAAGUUCCAAGUUUCAUCAGAAACAUCAGAAUCAGAUCAAAAAGUUGUUGUCCAGAAGAAACCGCAUCUUUCUUCUUUAUCUUCCGAUUCAAAUUCAGACGAAAUUGAUGAAAAAACAAUUUCUGACAACAACUACGACCAAUUCAAAGAAAAAAUACCAAUAAAAGUGAUUUCUGAUGAAACUGAGAGCUCUGAAUUGUUUAUUCCAGAACCAACAGAGAAAUCUCAGAAAAAGAGAAGAAUUUCUCUCAAAAACAUGGAAGUUUCGGAGACAUUUUCUUCAACAACUUCUUCUUCAUCAGAAAAAGAAGGUGAAAUGACUAUUUUAUCUGAAGAUAUGAAGCCAGUGAUGAAUCCAAUGUCUAUUUCCCCUAGACAAGAAAAUUCUGAAUCAAAUGAUUCGUCAAAACCGCAAAAACCGUUAGAAAUUAAAACAAAAUUUGACAAUGUAAGUUCUGAUGAAAUUUCAAAGUCUCCGUUGAAUGCAAAAGGUAUAAAAGAGCUCAAUUCCAAGAUAACUUUAUCAUCUUCCGAAGAACAAACACCAGAAAACACUCCAACACCUUUGAAACAAAAACUAAAUUUGUCAUCAUCAGAGGAAAUGAAACAAAAAUUAAAUUUGUCAUCAUCAGAAGAAAUGAAACAAAAAACUUUGGUUUUGCCGCCAACACCGGUUAGAAUACAAACAAAACCUCCUAUGUCAUCAUAUUCUUCUUUAGGAGGAUCCCCUCGCCAACAAAAGAAAGAAGAGUUCGAAGAAGAAACAACGUAUUCAUCAUGUGAAAGUGAGAAACAAACAAAUUUAGUUGUUGGUUUACCUUCAUCAAUUUCGGAUCAAACAGAAACUUCAUCUGAUGUUCCUCAAAUGCCAAAUAUCAAAGCAGCAGAAAGAUUCAACUUCAAGAAGGAAAGUGAAUCUGAUACUUCUGAGUCUGUAAAUAUCAAAGAAAGAAAAAUUGAAAUUUCAGAUGAAGAAAAAUCAAAAAGUGACACAAAAAUUAAAAAUUCGGAUUCUGACAGUAUCAAAAUUGUUAAAAAUGCUGUUUUACAAGAUGAACAACCUGUUGGAUAUAAGUAUGACUUGUCAAGUGAUAAUGAUACACCGUGGAUGAACAAGAAAGAAAAUAUAGAAAUUAAAAAAUCAAAACAUCACAAAAAAGUUAAAAAACAGAAACAAAAAACUGUUGUUUCUCCAAAAAGUGACAGUGAUUCAGAAAUCAAGAAGAAUAAAAACAACGAAGAAGUUGUUAAUAACAAGCAAAAGGAAUACGACAGUUCAGAUUCCAUUAUUGAGAGUAUAUCAAACAAGAAGAAUAUGACACAAAAGGAAAUCGAAAAAGAAAUAGAAAUUGCAAAAGAAGAAGAAAAGAAAUUAUUGAAAAGUGACAGUGAUUCUAAGAAAAUUUCUAUUCCUUUGGAUGACAUCAUUGGCGAAGAAGAAAACGCAAGGAAACCACAGAAGAAACCACCUCUAUCUUCAGAAUCUUCUGCAGCUGAACCUCAAUCAAUUCGCCACAAACCACCAAGAAUUCCUCAAAUUCAUUCUCCUCCAAAAUCCGAAACAUCAAACAAAAAAUCAGAAAAAUCUGACAAAAAAUCCGAAAAACUUGACAAAAAAUCUGAAAAAUCUGACAAAAAGUCAGAAAAAUCUUCAAAGAAAGUUGAUGAAAAAGUAUCAAAGGAAGAGAAGAAUAAGCAGAAAAAUGAUGAAGAUAAAUCUAAAACAAUGAAAUCUGUUGAAGCAAAACCAAGAACGAAACCAAGAAAAUUAGGAAAAACAAAUUCUGAUGAUGAAAAACUUUCGAAACAAAAAGUGAAUAAACCAAAAUCACAAAGAAUAAUCAGACCAACACUUUCUAUGAAUGAACCAGGAAAAUCUCCAUUAGUCACUGAAAGACAAAAUAACUCUGAUGGUGAUUUAUCAUCAUCCUCUUCUUCAUCUUCUACUGAUACUCAAAUUUCGAUUUUCAAAUCUUUCAAGUCAAGAAAUGUCACUUCACAAUUAAUUGACAUUCCAAAGAAGAUCGAAACUCCACCACAAACACCUUUGACACUAAACCAAUCUACACCUAAUCUCAUAUCCAAAGAAAAGUCCCAUUCUUCAGAUGAUAACGAAGAUAAACCACAACCGUUGAUUUUCAAAUACAACGUGAGAUAUAAUGCAAGAAAAGUGAAGUCACAAGGUGAAGUGAUCACUUCCAAUUCUGGAAUGGCCACAGCAACGAAUACAACAACAGGAGGAACGAGUUCGACAACUUUGGAGUCUCCUGCAAUUCCAGAAAUUAAAAAUGUUCUUUCUACAACAGAAACAACGGAAUCUUCGUUUUCUUCAGAAAAUCAAAGAGUUAAAAACUUCGUGAACCAAAAACCACCACCUAUGAACUCGAGUAGCGAAUCAAGGAACCAUUUGAUCAGAGAAAACGAUAACAGUGAUGGAAUUGAAUUUGUUGAAACAGAAAGUGAAACUUCCUCUCAAAACUCUGAUUUAUCAAUUUUCAAGAAGUUCCCUCGUGUCAGUUUGAAUCAUUCCAAGCAGAUAACGAAAUCAUUGGAUAUACUACAAGACGAGAAUCAGAUAAACGAUGAUGAAUCAUCAAAUAAAGAUUCAUUGAAUAAUUUUUCAUCAGGAAAAUUCACUUUCUCUCAUCCUGAAUUUAAUUUGCUGCAACAAGAGAAGAAAAGACCAAAUUCAGCUCGUGUUUUGCUAGGUUCGAGGUCAGGAGACUUGGGGAUGGUGAGGAUUCAGCCUCCAAUGUACGAAGAAGAUUUAAAUUACAGUAAUUCAGAAUCAGACUCACAUCAAAAUAAGAAAAAGAGUCAGGUUAAAUUUAAUACUCAGCAGAAACAUACGAAACAUUAA